GACCCUUCGUUGUCUUCCCUUUUUUCCUCCUUUUGCCGUUUCCGGAAGACAAGAAAGAGGAAGAGCGACCGACUUUCGUCCUCGCACAGAGGAGGAAAGUGGGGGAGAAGGACAGGAGAAAGGGGAGAGAAGGGAACACGAUCAGAGAAGGGAGUCAUGGUUUCCACCAGGCGCAGCUCUUCAUCGGCGAAGCUUUCUACGCCGUCGCCGGCGCCAAGCAGCAAGCGUCUCAAGGCGGAGAACUCGCAUCCGAAAGAGGUGCCGGUCGCACCCAGGGACGAUGUGCUCAAUUCGAAGGAAUUGGCGUCGUCGUCUUCACGAUACCAGCUCCCCUCUGAUCCGGCGACCGGUUCUGUGGAAGAUCCGGCACCGGCUGAAACCCCAGCUUCCGAUCCAGAUGCCUCCGUCGACAAACCGGUCGCGAUGCCACCUCCUUCACCAGGUUCUGCGCCGAUGGAGGUGGAAAAAUUGAAGACAGUGCCAUCGACAUGGAAUAAUAGGUCGAAGAAAAGGACGCCUAAUUUGGAAUCGUUGACUGCAUGGGGAAGACUUAUAUCACAGUAUCCGCAGAAUCCUCAUUUGCUCAUGUAUGGUCCUGUUUUCACGGUUGGUCAAAGUCGUAGCUGCAACUUGUACUUGAAGGAUUCAUCUGUGAGUUCAGUUCUUUGUCGACUGAAGUUUGUACAGCGGGAGGAAGGAUGCACCAGUAUAUUGGAAAAUGCAGGAGCUAAAGGAUCCAUUGAAGUCAACGGAAAGCCUGUCAAAAAGAACUCAGAUGUCAUCCUUCGGGCUGGGGAUGAGCUGGUGUUUAGUUCAUCUGGCAACCAUUCUUAUAUUUUCCAGCAGCUUACAGUUGAGAGUCCUACUGCUGCAUCUUCUGUCGGUAUUACAGAGGCUCACAGUGCCCCUUUAAAAGAGGUUCAAGUUGAAGCAAGAUCUCGUGAUCCAUCUGCUGUGGCAGGGGCAUCAAUAUUGGCAUCUCUGUCAAAUCUUGGGAAUGAUCUGUCACUUCUUCCUCCACCUUCCCAAAGCAAUGAGGAUGCCCAACAAGCAAUAGGGAGACCAGCAUUAUCUACUGCCUUUGAAGUACCAGACGAUUCUGUUCCCGUGCUUGAUAUCAAUACCUGCACCAGGAAAGACAGUGCUGAUCAAAAUUCUGGAACUGAUGUGCCACUAGAUGAUAAUGCACCCGCACCAGCUGAACAAACAUCCAGAGUAGAUCUUAAUGUUGCCAACAUUGAUCGUGGUAUGAAUGCAGAUAAUGGCAGAUGGAACUUUAAGUCCAUUUCACAUAAAAAAUUUAUGCGUAUGCUGAAGGAUACAGCUGACAUUGAUCCAAGUGGGUCCUUUUUCAAACAAUUACUUGAAGAUAGAAAGGAGAUGUUUAAGGAUUCUGAUUCAUCAACACUUUUGCCAAUGUCUGCUAAAUGUCAAGCUUUUAAGGACAACAUGCGCGAGGGAAUUCUGGAUGGUCAAAACACUCAAGUGUCAUUUGACAACUUCCCUUAUUAUUUGAGUGAAAACACAAAAAAUGCGUUGAUUUGUCCUAUCUACAUACAUUUGAAGCGCAAGGAGUUUGCCAAGUUUACCACAGAUCUUCCUACUGUUAGUGCAAGAAUUUUGUUAUCGGGUCCUUCAGGUUCAGACAUAUAUCAGGAGACAUUGGCAAAAGCACUUGCCAACUUUUUUGGUUCCAAAUUGCUUAUAGUAGAUACAAACUCAUUACCGAAUGGGCUGUCGGCAAAGGAUUCAGAUGUUAACAAGGAUGGUGUAAGAGUUGAGAAGUUAUCCGGUUCUGUUAAACAUCGUUCUUCACAUUCAGAUGCUGUGCAGCAGAAGAAGCCAACUUCUAGUGUUGAAGCAGAUAUUGUUUGCUCUUCUGCCAUUAACCCGAAAUCCCCACCGAAGCAGGAGGCUUCAACUGCAUCAUCCAAAACCUAUACCUUCAGAAAAGGUGAUAGAGUAAAAUAUAUGGGUUCCCUUCCUGUGUCAGCAUAUUCCUCAUUUCAUUCUCCUCCUAGGGGUCCAUCCUAUGGUAGUAAGGGCAAAGUGCUGCUUGCUUUUGAAGAAAAUGGAUCCUCUAAAGUCGGUGUUAGAUUUGAUAAGCCAGUUCUGGAGGGGAAUGACCUUGGUGGUCUAUGUGAGCCAAAGCAUGGCUUCUUUUGUAGUGCUGACUACUUGCAUUUAGAAAGUUCUUGCGGUGAGGAAAUUGACAAGAUUGCUAUCAAUGCAAUGUUUGAGCUUGCCUCCAGUGAGAGUAAAAAUGGCCCCUUGAUAUUAUUUCUGAAAGAUGUCGAGAAAUCUUUGGUUGUCAAUUCAGAUUCAUGCACAUAUCUGAAGAACAAGCUUGAACGGUUGCCGGACAAUGUUGUGGUGAUUGGGUCCCAUACCCAAGCAGACAGUCGUAAAGAGAAGUCACAUCCUGGUGGCCUACUUUUCACAAAAUUUGGCAGCAAUCAAACGGCUUUGUUCGACUUUGCUUUUCCGGAUAAUCUUGGAAGAAUGCAUGAGAGAGGGAAAGAAAUGACAAAGGCAAUGAAGUUAUUGUCUAAACUUUUUCCAAACAAAGUAACUAUCCAAAGUCCACAGGAUGAAAAUGUGCUCUCAGAUUGGAAGCAACAAUUGGAGAAAGAUGUUGAAACUCUAAAAGCAAAGUCAAAUAUUUCAAAUAUUCGUGCUGUGCUAAAUCGCAAUAAAUUGGAGUGCAAGGGGCUUGAAUCAUUAUCUAUGAAGGAUCAGUCACUCACAAAUGAAAGUGCAGAGAAAAUUGUAGGCUGGGCUUUGAGUCAUCAUCUUAUGCAAUGUACCGAAGCUUCUAUUGAGGAUGGCAAGCUUAUGAUAUCCAAUGAGAGUAUUCAGUACGGGAUCACUAUUUUACAGGGUUUUCAAAAUGAGUCUAAAAGCUCAAAGAAAUCACUCAAGGAUGUCGUUACGGAGAAUGAAUUUGAGAAGAGGCUGUUGGCUGAUGUUAUUCCUCCAAGUGAUAUUGGUGUUACCUUUGAUGACAUUGGAGCCCUGGAAAAUGUCAAAGAUACACUGAAGGAAUUGGUGAUGCUUCCCUUGCAGAGACCAGAGCUCUUCUGCAAAGGACAGUUAACAAAGCCUUGCAAGGGAAUACUCCUUUUUGGUCCUCCGGGAACAGGGAAGACAAUGCUAGCUAAAGCUGUGGCAACAGAAGCUGGUGCAAACUUUAUUAACAUAUCAAUGUCAAGUAUUGCGUCCAAGUGGUUUGGUGAAGGAGAAAAGUAUGUAAAGGCUGUUUUCUCCCUUGCGAGCAAAAUUUCCCCCAGCAUUAUAUUUGUGGAUGAGGUUGAUAGUUUAUUGAGUAGACGAGAAAAUCCUGGAGAACAUGAAGCUAUGCGUAAGAUGAAAAAUGAGUUCAUGGUUAACUGGGAUGGUCUGCGAACUAAAGACAAAGAGCGGGUUUUAGUACUUGCAGCGACCAAUAGGCCUUUUGAUCUUGAUGAGGCAGUCAUUAGGAGGCUUCCAAGGAGGUUAAUGGUGAAUUUGCCAGAUGCAGCAAACAGGGAGAAAAUCGUGAAGGUGAUAUUAGCGAAGGAAGAUAUGGCACCUGAUGUUGAUUUAGGACAUAUUGCUAGUAUGACUGAUGGGUAUUCUGGAAGCGAUUUGAAGAAUCUCUGUGUAACGGCUGCUUAUUGUCCGAUAAGAGAGAUAUUGGAGAAGGAGAAGAAGGAGAAAAGCGUAGCACUAGCAGAAGGUAGACCACCACCACCACCCAGUGUCGGUGCAGAUGUCCGUCCCCUCGGCAUGGAUGAUUUCAGAUAUGCACAUGAACAGGUGUGUGCAAGUGUAUCUUCGGAAUCUGCCAGUAUGAACGAGCUUCUCCAGUGGAAUGAUUUGUAUGGUGAAGGUGGUUCCAGAAAGAAGAAAGCAUUGAGCUACUUCAUGUAGGUAUCAAUUUGUACAGCCCCAAUUUUUUCCCUCUUCCCUCUUCAAUAUCUUUUUCACCAUGUUAAAGCGCCAGAAGAAAGCAUUGGUUGCCAAAUACAUGCCCCUUCUCCUCUAACUUUUAUGUAUGAAAUUGCUAUUUAAAUAUCAAUAUAAUAGUAUAGUAAUCACAGUUCCUUCUGCUUAA